AUAUUAGAAAUACUCAAGAUAUAAAUACGCCCCCUGGUUUACGAAAUGCGGCAAUAAACGUUGGUGUUACGUCGUUUCCUUCCGGAAGACAAUAGAGAAGGAACAGGCUCGAUUUAUGGAGUUUCGAAGAACAAAUUUGUUGUGAGAGUUUCUCUCCUAGUCUGUCUGAACAAAAUGAGGAGAUUUAGAGGAUUUCUGAGCACCACACUGGCCUUCGUGGUGUUCGAGGUGUGCCUGGUGUGUUGUGAUAUAACGGACGGAAACGCGGAACAUCUGAAGAGAGAGCACUCGUUGAUGAAACCGUACCAAGGUGUUGGCAGCAGCCCCAGCAGUCAGUGGGACUUCUGGGGAAGCACGUUGGUGACGGGCUCAUACGUCCGACUCACUCCAGAUGAGAGAAGCAAGCAGGGAUCCAUCUGGAACACUGUGCCUUGUUACCUGAAGGACUGGGAGAUGCAUGUGCAGUUUAAAGUUCAUGGAUCGGGAAAAAAGAAUCUCCAUGGCGAUGGCAUCGCUAUCUGGUACACAAAAGACAGACUGCACCCAGGCCCUGUGUUUGGAAACCAAGAUCAGUUUCUUGGCCUGGCUAUUUUUUUGGAUACCUUCCGCAAUGACCUCCAUGGAAUGGAUCGCUCCUUCCCCUACAUUUCAGCCAUGGUGAACAACGGCUCGGUGAGCUACGACCACGGCAAAGACGGACGGUCGUCGGAGCUGGGAGGCUGCUCGGCCGAGAUCAGGAACAGGGAGCACGACACGUACCUCGCCAUCCGCUACUCCAAAGGAAGACUCACUGUGAUGGUCGACGUGGACGACAAGAACGAGUGGAAGGAGUGCAUCGACAUCGGAGGAGUUCGUCUUCCCACCGGAUAUUUCUUUGGCGCCUCGGCAGCGACAGGAGAUCUGUCCGAUAACCAUGAUAUCAUCUCCAUGAAGCUCUACCAGCUGAUGGUCGAACACACCCCUGAGGAGGAGAACCUGGACUGGACAAAGAUCGAGCCCAGUGUCAGCCUCCUCAAGUCCCCUAAAGACAACAUCGACGAUCCCACCGGAAACUUCCGCGGCACCCCGCUCACGGGCUGGAAGGUCUUCCUGCUCCUGCUGUGCGCUCUGCUGGGAAUCGUGGUGUGCGCCGUGGUGGGAGCCGUCGUUUUCCAGAAGAGACAGGAGAGGAACAAGAGGUUUUACUGAGGAGAGAGAGGAGGCGUUUGUUGAGGAGUGAACUGUUUCCAGACGACAGAUCGAGCACAUUCAAUGUGAAUUUUUUUCUAAAGAUUGUACAAAUGUUUAUAUCUUCGAAGCACUGCGUGGGGGGUGAAUUUUAGUAACUUGUGAUGUUGGUAAGAAGGUGCAGGACUAGUGGCGACCAUCAUGAGUGACCCUGAUAAAUGCUGUUUUUGUUUUCCA